AUGAAUGAAUGUUUGUAAAGGCGCCCAAAGGACAAAACCCAAUUUCCCGUGGCAUAUUGAGUACAAAGAACCUGCAAAAAAGCUUCUCUCAUUCUCAACAAAUGCAGCUUUUUAGGGGGCUAGGGUUUUGGCCAUUUGUUAUCUUCAAUUACAAAUUUAGUCACUACUAGUAAAAUCUUUCAGCUGUUGACUGGACGGAACAACAUCCUUCCAUGGAUCUUCGUCCUAGGCAAAGAACACCCUUUUCUGGGUUCACAAAAGAUGAGACUGAAAGAAUGGAGCAUUUCCUUAAAGAUGCAGCGGACCGAUCUUUCGACCAGGAUUUUUGUAAGAAGCUGGCAGGGCUUUUCAACCGUUCUAAAGGUCGUGCAGGAAAACCUGUUAUAAAGUGGAUUGAGGUCCAUAAUUGGUUUCAGAAAAGGCAGCAAAAUUACCUCUCUGAAGAUGCUUCAGCUGAUGCAGCAAGAAAAUUAACUCCUUCUCCAGAAGCUGGCGCUUUGAUCAAGAAGAGUGAGAAUUCCCAGAUGCCAAAAGAUGAAGAGGUUCCAGAUGUAUCAAAGUUGGAAUUUGAGGCAAGAUCACCGAAAGAUGGGGCUUGGUAUGACAUCGAGACAUUUCUUGCCCACCGAAUGCUCGACUCAGGGGAAGGAGUAAGUGCUUAAAUUUGAUCAAAGGAUUUCCUAGUCCUAA